AAUUGGAUGGAAACCUUUCCUCAAUCCACUCCUCCCGAAAGGAUUGAAGCGAUCUGAAGGAGGUAAUCUAAUACCCAAGUUCUUUCGACCAAUUCUUGGACACAACAAAUCUGCUCCCGCCAACGACGUCUUCUUUCAAAAAAAACAUAAUAAACUAGAGAGUUUGUCGUCUGCUGUGUCGUCCAUCUUCUUGACCGAGAUGGAUUGUCAAAUUUAGUCAUCAACUAUCUUGCAGUGCAUACUAAAGAGCAGCCCAGAAGACUAAAAAGCAAACACUAGAAUCUUUGCCAGGUCUUGCAAAGGCUAAGUCUUGUAGGCUGGCAUUCGAAUUAUACACGUUUGAGGACGAACAACACUCACAGUCUCACUCAAAGUGAGAGCAAUCAAGAUGGGCCUCACAUGGCUAUGGAUUUGGAUCCCAACGCCCGAAGAAGAAUUCCGGAUGCGGAACGAGGCUGAAUUCAGGGAGCGCCACCUCCUGCUCAAGACCAAAGGGGGCAUGGAACUGAGCGUCACCAAGAUGGAUUCCAAUGCUCCUCCUCUGCCGAUAAAGCCCCACACUGUCUCGUCACCUCAAGCAUCCCCUUCCGAAUCGAACGGUGAUUCGAAAAGCCGCUCCUCAGUGAGUACAGACAUCGACAACGACUCGGUGUUUGAACCCAAAGGCAUUGUGAACCCCACCAUGGACUUGCCCUCCAUUUUGGACAACGAGAAGAGUCCCAAUGAGCUGAAAGCUAGGAGCAAGAAGAGCUUGAAGAUCCACAUCGACCACGACGUAUACCAAGACACUCUGAAUUUGCCUACCUCCGAUUCUUCCAAACGACACUCGGUGUCCUCCGGCGUACAGUGGGUGGAAUUCGCCAGUCUUCAGGACCGCCUACAACUGGCCAUGGACACGAUGAAGAUCAAGCACUUUACCAAGCAAAACACCGGCUCGGGUCAAUAUUUGUUGUACUCGUUUUGCGUUCCCGAGGACAAAACCGAGACCCAUCUCAUUUGUCUGCAGCGUCAUGGAAUUGGGAGCAACGCCCGAAGCUCAAUUAGUCUGAUGACCUCACCUCUCCAGUUAGGGGAGGAAUUGUUUCUCGAGGAUCCAGAGGAAGAAUUCCAAGAAUCAAAGGAAAAGAAUGCCAAAAGACAUAGUACCAAAUCAGACCGAUCCGAAGCAUCCAAGCUCGAGCAAAAAGUGGAUAAAUUUUACAACAGCAUCAAAAGUCGAAUGUUGGUGGCCGAGGUGAUUGCUCGGAUCAAAUCUGGCGGCGAAUUCACCUUUGAUUACAUCAUGCUGCUCUUUUUGGCAGGUUGCAUUGCAUUCAUGGGCUUGAUCGAGAAUAGCUCCGUGGUUUUGGUGGCCUCCAUGCUCGUCUCGCCGCUGAUGGGUCCCAUUUUGGCUGGCAUUUUUGGGACGGUCAUCAAAGACAGAAAACUUCGUCGAAGUGGGAUCACCCACGAGGUGAUUUCCCUCAUCAUUUGCAUUCUGACUGGGGCCGUUUUCGGGCUGAUCUUUGCCCCGUGGAUCGGUGCUUAUGGCGUGACGCAAUGGCCCACACCGGAGAUGUUGAGUCGGGGUCAAUUGCGAUCUCUUCUCUCCGGCGUACUGAUCGCCAUUCCCUCGGGGGCAGGAGUGGCCUUGUCUGUCUUGGGAGGAAACGCUGGCUCUCUUGUGGGUGUGGCCAUCUCGGCCUCUCUACUCCCACCAGCCGUGAAUUGUGGUUUGUUUUGUGCCAUUAGCAUCAUUUCUGCUUUGUCCCAAGACGGGAACUAUCUCAUUGGCUACGAGCUCGACGAUGGUCUCCUCCGGGACAAUGGAUCUAAUUCGGUUAUCUACACGCCGAGCUACUCCGAGAAUCUGGCGUUGGAAGCCGCUUAUUUGGGCAUUGUUAGCUUCCUCCUCACCAUCGUGAAUAUCAUCUGCAUCAUCAUCACGGGCAUUCUGUUGCUCAAGCUGAAAGAAGUGACCCCGGAUAAGAUUCCGCAAUCUUUCUCCACGUUCUGGAAGGAGGACAUCAAGGUGCAUCGUUCGUACAAUCAGAUUGUAAAACGCGGUGAUCCCUUGGAGCAAAUGAACAUCGAGGCCAAGGACGUAUUGGGCGGUGAAGUCAACGAUUAUGAUUAUGCCAAGACAUUCGUGAAAAAUGCCGUGGAGAAGGCGCAGGAGGAAAACAGCCGCAUUAAUAUCAAGGAGUGGGUCUCGAUGCCACCCGUCAUGGGUCGCUUUCAAAAGGAUCCCGUGUCCCUGGUAUCCAAACGGAAUUCUCGAUCUGCCAGUACCGCUUUGACGGACCAAGCCAAAGCCUUUCAAAUGGCUGCAGACACUUUGUACAGACAAUCGAGUGUGGUGGAAGAAGUCACCAUAACUUCGAGAACUUCGGAACGAGAUGGCAGCCAAUCUACUUAAGACCAUCACAUAUACAUUUACCCUGUGCUCGUAGAGGUAGUUUAAUUUCACCCAUCAAUCUCCACAGAUAAGAGGACUGACUGUUUCCAACCGUAAAGUGAUUACCGUACUAGCGCCUGAAUUUGUUGAACUCCAAUAAAGGGUGUUUAAAUUGA